AAUAACACGAGAAUGGGUGCUAACAUAAAAUUAUUAAUCCAAUCCAACACUUGAAUUCGAGAUCUAAUUCUGAUUAACCAAACCCAUCAAUUAUGAAUGAAACUUCUCUUUAGAUGAGUGAUAAUAGCGAAUUUCAUAUCAGCUUAUUUGUAAAUGGUUCAAUUUCGAGAAAAAUUACUUAAACUUAAUAAAACACUGUUUUAUACAACUAGGAACAAAAAUUUCAAACAUAACCGUACCUUUCAAUUUUACUCAUUAAUCAACUGGAGAAAGCAGCAGCAUACAUAUUCAUUACCACCCAUCGGACCCACUUUGUCCUUAGCAAAUGUGUUCUGUGUUUCUCUGCAUUCACUUGCUUGCAUAUCCAAUGCCCACCAUGUGUUUGAUGGAAUGCCUGACAGAAGAAAACUUUUCGAAAUUAGAAAUUAUUAUGAUGUUCUUGAUUUCAUUAAGUUUUCGACUACGAAGCUAGAUGUUGUAGCUGCAUUGGCAGCUCAUUGUUUAGCAGUGAAGGCUGGUGUUCUUGCUCAUUUACCUAGUGCAACUUCUCUGCUAGUUAAGUAUUCAAGAGGUGGGUGUGUUGGGUAUUCGAUGACCCUUUUCGAUGAAAUUAUGGACAAGGAUGUGGUUGUUUGGAAUGCAAUGCUUACAGGUGCUGUUGAGAAUCAUUUUUAUGUCGAUUCGAUGAAAUUGUUUGUGCAGAUGAUUGAGAAUAAUGAGUUUGAUUCCGCAACUCUUGUGAUUGUUGUUUCAGUGUUAUGUAGAAGUAAUAAGUUAAGUCAGGGUCGAGAAGUUCAUGGUUUGAGUGUUAAGGCAGGGAUGAUGUUGGAUACUUACUAUUGUAAUGCUCUUAUUAACAUGUAUGCAAAAUGUGGUGACUUGAGAUCUUCCGAAUCUCUCUUUGCAAAUUUGGAAUGCAGAGACGUUGUUUCUUGGAAUUCAAUGAUUAGUGGUUGUCUUAAUAAUGAUGAACCUGUGUGGUCUCUGUUGUAUUUCAAGAAGAUGUCUUGUAGUGGUGUACUUGCGGAUAAUGUGAGUCUUUCAAGUGCAGUUGCAGCGUGUACUCGUUUGGAAGAAUGGGAUGCUGGGCUUGUUUUUCACGGACUAGGAGUCAAAUUGGGGUUUGAUGGAAGUGCGCACAUUUCUGUUUCCAAUUCCCUUAUUCCAUUUUACUCAGGGUGCGGAGAGAUUAAUGCUGCUUGCAAUGUGUUCAGAAGAUUGAUAUGUAAGGAUGUGGUUACAUGGAAUGCAAUGAUCGACGGGUUUGCUUCAAAUGGACUGAUUCUUGAAGCGUUUGAUUGUCUCUCUGAAAUGCAGGUAACUGGACAUGUUCGUCCUGAUACAGUGACUAUACUUACUAUACUUCCCCUUUGUGCAGAGCUAAAUUUAUCAAAGGAAGGUAAAGCUAUUCAUGGAUUUACUUUAAAGAGAGCACUUAAAUUGGAAUUGUCCAUUAUGAACAGCUUAAUAGAUAUGUACAUGAAAUGCAACAGAGUGAAGGAAGCUGAACAAGUUUUUCGAGCUAUGCCAGAAACAGAUCUGGUCACAUGGAAUACAAUGAUAUCCGGGUAUUCCCAAAGUGGGCGUUCUGGAGAAGCCCAGGCCUUAUUUAAAGAUCUGCUGCAUUGGUGUUCUAGAUGCAGCUUGUCGACUAUGUUGGGAGUAGCUCUGUCAUGCAAUUCACCUGCAUCACUCAAUUUCGGUAGGUUGCUCCAUGGCUGGCAGAUAAAACUGGGUUUUGUAAACCAUAUGCUUGUAGUUAGUUCCCUCAUGCUCAUGUAUAUAAACUGUGGAGACUUGAUAGCGUGUUUCAUCUUGGUGUGGCGAUAUUAUGCUAUUAUGGAUACAGCUUGCUGGAAUGCUGUCAUUGUAGGUUGCACAUAGAAUUUUGACUUAUUUACGGCA